GCCAUGCGUCAAGUGGAAAGUAAAAUCCCGCGCAUUUUUUCUCAUAGUGACACAACACUGCUAAAGUGGCUCAAAAUCACGUAUUUGGACGCAUUUUCACAUCAUUUUUUCAUAAAAAAUCAAUCAUGAAGGCUCGCGGAGCAUUUAUAGUGUUGGAAGGAUGUGACAGAUCGGGUAAAAGUACGCAAUCGCAGAAAUUGGUGGAGAAGCUCAAAGAGACUGGAGUGGAUGCGAAACUUAUGAAGUUUCCUGACAGAGACACAGAAUGUGGGAAAUUAAUUGAUGAGUACCUGAGACAGAAGAAGCCACUGACUGAUGAAGGUAUCCAUCUUCUGUUCAGCACGAAUCGCUGGGAGGCGAAGGAGUUUAUUGAGGAGACUCUCAAGAGAGGGACAACAAUCAUUUGUGAUAGAUAUUCAUACUCUGGAGUAGCUUUUAGUGCUGCAAAAGGGCUGAAUCUUGACUGGUGUCGAUCUCCGGAAGCUGGAUUGACAAAGCCGGACCUUGUGUUUCUACUCACCUUGCCCAUUGAGGUGAUUAUGUUGCGUGGUGGUUUUGGUAAUGAAAGAUACGAGAAGAAACACAUGCAGGAGAAAGUCAUUGAGAUGUACAAAUUACUGAAGGAGGAAUACUGGAUGGAAAUCAAUGCAGAUCAACCUCAGGACACCCUUCUGAAUAUUCUCUAUGAGAACAGCCUAAAAACAAUCCAGGAAAUUGGCGGAAAAUCUCUGGAGCAUCUUUGGUAAGUGGAUUGCCAUCACUAGGAAAAUGCCAAUGGAAUUAAGGAAUAAAAGAAAAUUGUUCAAUACACUUUCACUUAUAUAUUUUCUUCUCAAAAAAGUUUUUUUUCUCAAUCACUUUUAAAUGCAACAAUAUAAUAUUUUUUCACUUUU